CAUACAGGAAGUUGGGGGAACAUAUGAUAUAUGCAGAAGAUAUCGGUCUGCCUCAGAGUUGGACAUCUUCUCCCCUAUUCCAUGCCAGAUUCCAACACAACUGACUUCACCAACCCUUCCACCUUCCUCCUGCUGGGCAUUCCUGGCCUGGAGGCAGCCCACGUCUGGCUCUCCAUCCCCUUCUGUACCAUGUACACCAUAGCCGUCUUGGGGAACUUCACCAUUCUAUUCAUUGUGAAGAGGGAGCCGAGCCUGCAUGGGCCCAUGUACUAUUUCCUCUGCAUGCUGGCUGUCACCGACCUGGUCCUGUCUACAUCCAUCCUGCCCAAAACGCUGAGCAUCUUCUGGUUCAAUGCGAGGGAAAUAGAUUUCAAUGCCUGCCUCACCCAGCUGUACUUCAUUUUCUGCUUCUCAGGGAUGGAGUCCGGGAUCUUUGUGGCCAUGGCUUUCGAUCGCUAUGUGGCCAUCUGCCAUCCCCUGAGACAUUCCACUAUCCUGACAAACCCUGUGGUGGCCAAGAUUGGCCUGGCCGUGGUGCUGCGUGGUGGCAUGCUCAUACUGCCCUAUCCCUUACUCGCGAGGCAGUGGCCAUACUGCAAAACUAACAUCAUCCCCCACUCGUACUGUGAGCACAUAGCCGUGGUGAAAUUGGCCUGCGCAGACAUCCGCAUCAGCAGUUACUACAGCCUCUCUGUGGCAUUCUUUGUGAUUGGUCUGGAUAUGUUUUUUAUCAUCAUGUCCUAUACUCAGAUCCUCAGGGCCAUCUUCAGCCUCCCCACAAAGGACGCCCGGCUCAAGACUUUUGGGACCUGCGGCUCGCACCUCUGUGUCAUCUUAGCCUUUUACAUCCCAACUCUCUUCUCCUCCCUCAUGCACCGGUUUGGCCACAAUGUGCCCCAGCAUUUACACAUUCUCAUUGCCAACAUGUACCUCCUUGCGCCCCCCAUGCUAAACCCCAUCAUCUAUGGGGUGAGGACUAAACAGAUCCGGGACAGGCUUCUCCGGCUCAUUACUCAUAACAGGGCCUAA